AUGAUUAACAUCACAAGCAUACUCCAGCCAUCUGUAAGAAGAAGAAUAGUUUCUAUAUAGUUAUUAUAAAUAAAAAGAAGAAACUGAAGAGUGAAUUGCACGUAACAGAUUAAAUAAUCAGGAAUCUGUACGAACAAUGUGGAUGCCGUGUUUGAAUGUCUACCGAAUGUAGCUGCUUAUAUGCCCAGUAUCGUUAAAUUAUCGAGUAUACAUAUGUAUAGAAAGGACGUACGCCAAUUAUUUAUUAUACAAAGUAGAUUUCAGGCAGCAAAUGUUGAAAUGUUGAAAGGACAUGGUAUUUUAUAUAUUGUAGUUUAACAAGAUGUUCGAUUUCGCGUCGAAAGAGUGGCAGUAGUUGUAAUGAAAUAAUGAAUUAUCCCCUCUAGAAAAAAUAGUCUUACAAGACAAUGAAGUGACCCAAUUGAAUGGAAAUAUUAUCACUGUAAAAAGUGAUAUACGAAAUCGAAUCAAUUUUUAAAAGUUGGACCAAACAAUUUGAGUUUUCGUUUUGAAGCGUUAGAGACAGUAGUUUAUCCUUAUGUUUCAGACAGUUGUCAAUUUUUAUACACCAGUACGAGCUCUUAAAUGUGGUGUAUUUUGUGGAGCCAUUCAGUUCUAUUAGUUUGUGCUCAGUUUAUCUGGACAAUACUUCUAGACUAUUAUGCUGACUUAAUGAAACAAUAGUACAAUUCCCCAUGGUAUAACAUAUCAGUAAAAAUUCAAAAAAUGUUUUACGUGACGCAAAAAGGAGGAAGAAGCCAUGUGUCUCAACAGCAGAUAGAUUCCACGAAAUGAAUAUGGAAAACUUCGGAAUAUUAUGUAUUUUUAUAAUGCUGUACUUUGAUAACGUCGGCAGAAUAAUGCUUCCACGUCAGCUGUGGGAAAUAUGGUAGCAUAGUCAUUAUAUUCUGACAUUGAAUUUGGACUAAACAAGAAUGCAGAGUAAACCAACGUGAGUUUCACUUCAGAAAGAGUGUGAAGACACUUCCUACUGCGACUAAAACGUAAAAUGUAUAUUAAAUAAAAGAACGAUAUCUAUCAGCAAUGGUUGCUAGGAGAGAGUGUUCUAGUCGUCAUAACGCGUGAUGUACAAAAUUCAUAUUGAUCGACAUUAUCAAAAUUGUCAGAACUGUACUGUAAUUGUAACUGUAUGCACAUAUGUAACUACCGUACAAACUGCUUAUACAAUAAUACCAGCAAUCAAAUUGUUUUGCCUCGAUACAAUAAAUGAAAUAAUAUGAAAAUAUUGUCAUUAAGUUUCUCUACACUUUACCGAAUCAAUUUACUACUGCUUGAUACUUUGGAUCUAUAAAGAAUCGCUUCAUGCCUUCGGCCCGGCAUGCCAGUUUUAUUGAGUUUGUGGUUCCGUGCGUUGCGUUUCUUUACAAGUCGCUGUUUCGAAAUUUGGAAACAUGGACGUAUUUCAGAAAACCGGGGAACAGUAUCCCAAUAUAUAUGACAUUCCUUAUUAUAACAUGAUCAAGAAGUAUUUGAGGUUUGUGGGGCUAGAUCCACACCAAAAAAAUGGAUUGAUCACUGUGAUUAUAAUGAUGACUAGUAUAACAACCGUACUUAUUCCAAUGUCAAUCGCAUUGUACGAAUCAUUAUACACCAAGAAUUUGGACGUGAUGCUGGAGUGUUUGCCACAUUUAGCUGCAAUUGUGACCAGUUUCGUUAAAAUAAUGAAUGUUUAUCUCAACAGAGAAAAUUUUAGAAAAUUGUUCGAUUCUAUAACAAAAGAAUGGCAGCAGCUGAAAUUAAGUCAAGAUUUGUACAUUCUGGAAGAAGUCACCAUACGGGGCAGUAAAUUGGCGAAAUUGUAUCGAAAUACAUUAAUGACAUUUAUGGUACUCUUUUUAUUCGUUCCACUGAUUUCUCCUAUGAUGGAUAUCUUUCUUCCACUAAACGAAACUCGACCACGGCAACAACUACUUAAUGUUAAUUACGUGUUUUUUGAUAGCCGUAAUUAUUUUUUCUGCGUGUACUUACAGUUAUCUUGGGCGGCAAUAGUAGUUUCAAUAAGCAUAGUUACCGUAGAUUCUUUAUUGAUGCUGAUAGUUCACCAUAAUAGUGGACUAUUUAUAGUAUGUGGGCAUCAAAUCCAGAAAAAAACAAGGCACUUAAGUUCAUUUACUAAUGAAGUUAUGUCGGAACAUUACACAUACAAACAGAUCAGAAAUUGCGUGAUCAUGCACAAUAAAGCCAUAGACUUUUAUGAUAUAUUAGAUGAGAACAAUCGAAUUAGCUAUAUGAUUCAAAUUGGACUAACUAUGAUUGGUAUAACCACAACUGCCGUUCAAACAGUCAUUAAUUUAGAUAGACCGGGAAUAUCAAUUAAAAGCGCUGUAUUGUGCGGAGCUAAUCAGUUUCAUUUAUUUAUGCUCAGUUUACCUGGACAGAUACUUGUAGAUCAUUGCACCGAACUAACGAAACAAUUAUACGGUUCUACAUGGUAUGGAGUACCAGUAAAAACUCAAAAAAUGCUUUACAUGAUGCAAAUAAGAACUAGAAGCCCAUGUACACUAACUGCGUGUGGAUUGUACCAAAUGAACAUUGAGAACUUUGGAACUACCUUCAAAACCUGCAUAUCGUACAUUACGAUGAUGUUGUCAUUGAAAGGAUGAAGUUAACUGUUACCUCUAUAUCCGUUGCAUUUUAUACUUGGACUGAGUAAGCAUGAAGAUGGUAUAAUAACCGAUAUAAUAGUUUGUUAUUAUAUCGAACGUACAAAUAAAAUUAAUAAAUCACGAUGAUUAGUUGAUAUACUU